UAUAAUUUAUGAGAUACGUAUCACAUGAAAAUGACAUCUAAUGUAACACAAAAACUUGUCAUACUAAUCUCGAGGUUUAAUGUUUAAAAUCCAUGAGUACUCUAUCUUUUCGGUAAUCUAUACACAAAUGGAAUUUGUAUUUCUACGAAAUCAAAUCAAAUUCAAUUAUUUGGCACAAUACUCAAAUUCAUCAUGCAAACCAUGCCACCUAUAUAGUUCAUGCAUCACAGAUAUCAUCAUCUUAUCAUGGUUGGUGACCUUUCCCUUCCCCUCUUCCUUUUCUCACCAAAACCUAAAGGUUCAAAAUCACCCUUUUCUAAAAGGCAAGAUGGCUCACAUCAUCAAGAUCAUGGCCCUCUCCUUUUCUUUCCUUGUGUUUCAAGCAACCCUAACUAACUCCUUCAAUUAUCUCCCUCUCUGCAUCUUCCUUCAAUCCCAAGUCUCACAUUCACUUUCCUUCUUCAGUCCCCACACAAACACCAUGAUUCCCCUUCUCACUCACCAACCAUACACCACAUUACAAAAACAUCUCACCCCUCCCCUGAACUGAACCAAAAUCCAUUUGAUCACCCAGGAAAAUGAGAACACCAAGGUUCCCUUCACCAUGGAAAAUCCUUGCUGCUGCAAUGUUCCUGCUACUUCUCACUUCUCGAUCGACAUGGAUCGUAUGGCUUCCAAGCAGUCCAUCUUCAACUGGUUCCCAAAACAUUGUCACCACUAACAACAUCAGUACUGCUGUCAACAUCAUCCCAACCAAAGGACAUGGAUUCCCUCCAGUUCUAGCCUUCUGGAUAUUUGGUAGCACCGGAGACACGAACAGGAUGUCGAGGCUGCUGAAGGCGAUCUACCAUCCCAGGAACCAGUACCUGAUGGAACUUGAUGCAGAGUCCUCAGAUGGGGAGCUUGCUGAUUUGGCAAUGUGGGUUGACUCCCAGUCUGUAUUUGGAACCUUUGGUAACGUCAAUGUCGUUGGCAAGAAGAGCUUCGGUGUUAACCAGAUGGGUGCCUCGGCUCUUGCUGCAAUGCUCCAUGCUGCUGCUGUGCUGAUGAGGUUGAGCCCUCAUUGGGAUUGGUUUGUCAAUUUGAGCCCUGAUGACUACCCACUUGUCACUCCUGAUGACUUGCUGCACGCCCUCAACUCCUUGCCAAGAGAUCUCAAUUUCGUCCAUUACACGAAUUCCACUGACUGGAAAGAGAAAGACAAGAAGAACCAAAUAGUGGUGGAUCCAAGCUUACAUCUGCAAAAGGGCAGCUACCUUUACUAUGCUGUAGAGCAACGAGACGCCCCAGAUGCUUUCCAUAUAUUUGGAGGUUCACCAAGGGUGAUUCUGACAAGGAACUUCCUGGAGUAUUGUGUGCAAGGUUGGAACAAUCUCCCUAGGAAACUGCUAAUGUACUUCACCAACACAGCCUACCCACUAGAGUCCUACUUCCACACUGUCCUCUGCAACUCCCCUGACUUCCAAAACGCGACAGUUUUGGACUCCGAUUUGAGGUACAACAUCAUCGUCGAUGGGAGUGAUCUGCAGUACAAAGACAUGUUGGGCAGUGGAGCAGUGUUUGUUCGAGGAUUUAGAGGUGGAGAUAGGGAUGACCGUUUGAUUCUAGACAAGGUUGAUGACGAUGUCUUCAAGGGGCGAAGGUCGUGGCUAUGGUGCCUGUCAGAAGGUGGAGGGAGUUCAAAGGGUGAUGAUGCUGAUAUGUGUUCAUCAAGUUGGGGGAACAGCAGCAGCAGCAGCAGCAGUAGUAGUAUCAUUGAUGUUGUGAAGGCAGGGGCUUAUGGGGUAAAGCUUCAGCUUUUGUUGUCCAAACUUGUUUCACAAGGCAGAAAUACUACUAUGAGUUACUGCAGUCUGCCAUCAUCAGAUGCUUCUUAAUAAUCAUUGUGUUUUGGUUACUUCAAUCUGAAUUAUGUUCAAGUGGUUCAGGUGACUUGAGAUUAGAAUGAUGAUUAAUCCUCCUAAAUCAUCUUCCAUCUUGUUUCCCGCAAAUUUAAUUAACUAGUAAUUUCCAAUUAAUUUCCUCUCUUAAAUCAAAUGCUACGACGGAGAGAUAUGGCGGCAAUGAUAACAGUUGGCAAGAACAUGGUACCAAAACGGUGGUGGGUACUGGGCCCAUUCAUAAAGCGUUACAAGCAGA